AUGCCUCGCAAUCCUAAUGCUGAACGUGACAAUCCAUGUCUUAAGGAACAAGAAUUGUCUUAUAAAUGUUUAAGCAAGCAUAACUACGAAAGAGGACCCUGUGAAAUUUAUUUUGCUAAUUAUAAAAAUUGCAAAGAAUUUUGGGGCCGUGUAAAGUCCGAACGUCGGGCAAAAGGAAUUGAACCAUACUUACCGCCCGUAGAGGAGAGGGCUGCCAUUAAAGAAGAACAUAUAAAAAGUAACUCGCGAAAGUAG